UGUCUCCCAGUCAGGGACAAGACACAAAACUAACUAACAUAAAUAUCAGUCUUCUUUCUACCUUUCAAAGCCCCUCUGCGAUCCAAGGGCAUAUCAUUUUUGAGCUAGUUCAAAGUAAUUAAAGGUGAAGGGCGAUAGAAACUGGUGAAGACCGCGCAGAGAAGGGCGUGGUGGUUCCGGUGACAACACAAGAGCAGACUGCCGAGCGUGAGUACGUCAAGAUAACGCUCCCUCGCUUCAGCGGAGGCACCGCUCAAGAUUGACUAAUGUGGAGCCAUAAGUUUGUGUGUCUAUGUCAGCUUAAGAAAUUGACUUUCCGAAGAGAAGGAUAUGAACCUGCAGCUAGUGCUGGAGAAUGAGGCACUGAAAGUGUGGCAGGCGGCAUCAGAUGACAACGCUAUGACAAGUCCGACCCAGUUCACAAAGGCGUACGCGUGCUGGGGACGUACAGACGAUAGUGAAGGAAAAGUAAUCACUAGCGCUCUCAAAGGAUCUGCGGUUAGUACUGGAAGACCGAUGCGACUGGUAAUACGGCUAUCACAAACCAAGGAGAAGCGCGUAGCUUUAUUGGAUAAUGGAUGUGCAACCAGUUAUAUUAAUGCCAAGCUUGUGACGGCAAAUCAGAAGCUGGGCUUCAAGAAGAACAUCUCGUCCAUGACCUUCGAGCAAGCUGACGGCAAGAUCAACUCGAACGGAAACAAGAUCGUGAAGUUUCGAUUGCUGGCCCGUUAUGUUACGAAUACAAGUUAA